AUGAUUCGGGAACAUGGGUACUGCCACUUCACUGAUCGUUCGUUCUUUCAAAGACCGGUGUUUAAGGAAGUCAGUGUCUUUUUUUUCUUUCCUUCUUUUGGUCUUUCUUUUUUGUUUUUCUUUCCUUCUUUUUUUACUUGCUGCUUUUUUCUUUCUUUUUUCUUUCCUUUUAUCCUUCUCUUCUUUUUUCUUUGCGCCUUUUUCCUUUCCUUUUCCCUCUUUUUUCUAACCUUCGCUUUUUAUCUUUGUUUCUUUUUUUCUUUUUUAUCACGUUUUCCUUUCCGUCUUUUUUAUUCGCUUUCUUUUCCUUUCCUUUUUUUUUUUCUUAGCUUAACUGUAUUCUAUUUUAUUUGCUUUUCCUUCUUUGUUCCUUUUCUUCUUUUUUCCUCCUUUAUUCCUUUCUUUUUCUUCCUUUUUUCCAUCUUUCUGUUUCUUUCUUCGUUCCUUUAUGCAUUUAUCUUCUCACUCUCCUCCUUUGUUUACUCUUACUAUUCCCCUUCGCAUCGUUUCCUCUGCUUUUUUUCCUUCUUCCUUCCUGUUCCACAACACUUAUGCUUACUACCGUCUUGUUGCACAUCCAUCUGCAUUUGUAUUUAUUUAUUUAUCUCUCUCUCUUUCUUUUCUCUCUCUCUCUCUCUCUCUCUCUCUCUCUCUCUCUCUGUCUCUCUCUCAGUAUCGCAUUUACGGGUAUAA